GCUGUUGAUUUGCACACCUGUUCGGAUUGCCUGCGGCUGACCAGACGUCUGUGAACUGCGACUGAUCUGUACCUGAUCCUGCUGACCUGUGGCUGAUCCAGUUGACUUUUGGCUGAUCCUGCUGACCUGCGGCUGAUACCCCAAUACCCUGUCUUGUCUCUGUUCUACCUAUUGUCUCUGCCUUCCUUCUGUCUAAGCCCCAUAAUUCGCUGAACCCAUUUCAGAUCGACAUGCCGAAAAAGGGCAGGAGAUCACAGUCCGUGAAGUUGUCCUGGGAGCGACGUGCUAAAACACGUAGCUCCCAAGCACCUCUUCCACCUUCUGCUGAUAUCUCUGCCCGGCAUGAGCGUGCUGUUGAAGCAACUGACAGACUUACAAAUGAUUUGCAAAUGAACAAUUAUGAUACAAACGACAAGCAAAUGAUAACAAACGAUAUACUACACUCUGAGAAGAAGAUCGCUGCUGAUGUUUCCAUUGAUGUAACGGUACCAGUGCAACAGGAUUUGGUAAUGUACGUGAUGGCAACUCACAGCCAAGACCAUCCGAGAUACGGCCAAUCCAGAAACAGUCAAUGUGUGGCUAAUUCUGUAACGUUUUUGGCUUUCCUGCAGGAUAUAAAUAACUUGACUACGUCUGACCUGGAUGCUGUUCUCAGUGUGGGUAAUGAACUGUAUACAUGUACUGUGGCUGCAUUGAAAGCCCGAGGAUGCUUUCUAAACAGUUUUUUGACGGUUGAUGAACUUCCAGAGAUUGUAAGCAGUUCCACAAAACAGCAUGUGUUAAUUAGGAGUAUGUCAAUGUGUGGGUUUUUCACCUCUUUCCAUGGAGAUGCGCUCUUUCUGAACCUUUGUGACAGACUUGAGUGCUUGACAUCUGAGGUCUGUUGUGCUCUUCUGAUUAUGCAGACGACGUGCAUUGCUGUUUUCCGUGACCGCCAAGGCAAGUACGGAUAUUUUGAUCCCCACUCUAGAGGACGAGAUGGCCUCCCUGCUCCCAAUGGCACAGCUGUCAUGAUGCUUUUCGUGCGUCUGAAUGACCUUAGAAAUAAAUUGACAGAGCUCUACACGCAUUUGGAAUGUACCUGUAAUUCUCAGUAUGAGCUUGUACCGGUUCAGUUUGAACCUAUUGAUGUUCCUACAAAUGACAUUGAGAUGGUGCCAUGUACUUCAUUGCAAUCUGUGCUGGGAGAUGUUGACGACGACGGUGUAAGCAAAGCUGUUUCCGAGAUUUCAUAUUUGGAGAUGAGUGAUUCUACAACACCUGCUGGCGAACAACGUCACUGCGACGAGUUGAUCGAUGAGGAUGGCGAAGUGGUUUCUUGGACUACAGGUAAAGAGCUCCAACGCUUGUCAAAAAUUCCGAAAUCAAGUAGGAGAAAAUUUCUAAGACGAAUGAAGAAACAGGAAAGUUUGAAUGCUAAAUCUGAACAAAGACUUACAAAACAGGAACUAAAGAGAAUAAAUAAAAAUCUGAGAAAUAAGGAAAGGUACAGUCAAAAUUUAGAGACAAGACAGAGGAAGAGGUGUUAUGUUACAAUGCGUUAUCAGCAAGACGUACAUUUUCGCGCGAAACAAAGGUCGUAUUAUACACAGCGUUGUCAUUCCCGCUUCUUACUUCGUUAUAAGACAGAUAAUUGUUUUCGAAUGGGACGAUGCACCUACAGAACGCAACGCUACCGUGACGACCCUGAAAGCAUAACUAUCCGCGACGAUCCGGACCUUUGCGACCCAACCCUCACUGAUGACGAGAGCAGCUCAGAUGAAGCGGAAAUUUGCGACAUCGAGUACAAUGAGGAAGCCCUGGAGGAGAUAUACAGAUUUGAGUGUGAAGCUCUCUGCUUUGUGACCGAAAUCUACCAGGCGACGUUGAGCAUGUCAAUACAGCUACGCAAAGCCUCCAAAGGAGAGCUUCAAACAUGGCCGGAACUUUUGCCACAGCUUUGCAAUUUGCUGAAUUCGGAGGACUAUAACACUUGUGAGGGUUCCUUUGGAGCAUUGCAAAAGAUCUGUGAAGACUCUUCUGAGUUGUUGGACAGCGAUGCACUGAACAGACCACUCAACAUUAUGAUUCCCAAGUUUCUGCAGUUUUUCAAACACUGCAGCCCCAAGAUCAGGUCCCACGCUAUAGCAUGCGUUAACCAGUUCAUGAUUGGUCGAGCUCAGGCUCUCAUGGAUAAUAUAGACACAUUUAUUGAGAGUUUCUUUGCACUGGCAGGUGACGAGGACAGCGAAGUACGGAAAAACGUGUGCAGGGCUCUGGUCAUGCUGCUGGAAGUCCGCAUUGAGCGCCUCAUCCCACACAUGCACAGCAUCAUCCAGACUGCAGAUUAUUGA